CCCUAAGGACGCAUGCGUUGCGUGGAGGACAUGCGGGUUGCAGCAAAGUCCUCCUUUACUCCACACACGCUUCUAAGCCUCGGCACAUCUACUAACUACACUUUAUUCAUCCUCCGUGUCAGCAUCAACUCCACUCGUCUCACUCUACUUUGGAGAUUAUUAGGCCCGCUUAGUUUGUUUGUUGUUUGAGCGCGCCAAUUAGCUUAGCAUGCUAGUUAGCUUAGCUCGUUAGCCGCUAACAAAGAGACGCCGAUUUGAUCAACACAUCGCUUAGUUAAGAUCAAGUGUGAGUGUAAAGUGUUGUGAUUGUGUGAAAAUGUGCGAAAGAACGAUAGAAAAGUAUGAGGAGGAACUUUGUUGUGUGAAAAUGUGUGAAAGAACGAUAGCAGAGUACAAAGAGGAACUUUCUCGGACUAAAGAAGAGAACACGAGACUACGUCAACUAUUGGAGGCUGUUUUCAAGAAAGCUCAAGUUGUUUUACACAGAACAGACUUCAAUGAAGCACAUCGUCCUCGUGAGCAGGAGGAGGAACCACAGUCCCCCCACAUACACGAGGAAGAAGAGGUACCACAGUCCCAACACAUCAAAGAGGGAGGAGAGGAACCACAGCCCCCCCACAUUAAAGAAGAAGACGAGACGCCACAGACCCAUAAUGUUAAACUGACCCUUCACAUUAAAGGGCAAGCGGAGGACCCACUGAUCUUACACAUCAAAAAUGAAGAGGAAGACCUACUGACCCCUCACUUUAAGGAGCAAGAGAACCUGCUGACCCCUCACAUUAAAAAGGAAGAGGAUGACCCACAGACCGCCUACUUUAAAAAGGAAGAGGAGGACCAAGAGCCGCCGUACAUUAAAGAGGAAGAGGAGGAAGAGGGCAUCAGUCAGCCUAAAUGGUUGGAGGAGUUCCCAGUGACUGGUGUCCCUGUGAAGAGUGAAGAUGAUGAGGUGAAAGGUGAAAGUGAGGAGAGGGGAGGGGGGGAGCCUCCAAGCAGCAGCUCAACACAACACAUGACAACAGAAGCUGAUGGAGACCACUGUGGAGGAUCACAAGCAGACAAGCUCUUAGCUCCACUAUCAGAUAGUGAGGACACAACGUCACACUCUCCUGACACUGAUGAUGAAGACUCUAAAGAUGAUAAGACAUGUCACACUGACAACACACACUUCGCAUGUUCUCACUGUCACAAAACCUUUAAAUACCAUUGUAGUCUGAAAAGACACAUGAGAACACACACUGGAGAAAAAACUUUUAUUUGUUCAACCUGUGGUAAAGGUUUUACACAAAAUCAUAAUGUGAAAGUACACAUGAGAACACACACUGGAGAAAAAACUUUUUCUUGUUCACUAUGUGGUAAAGGUUUUACACAAAGUCAGAAUUUGAAAAGACACAUGAGAACACACACUGGUGAAAAACCUUUUUCCUGUUCAACCUGUGGUAAAGGUUUUACAGUAGGUCAGAGUUUGAAAGUACACAUGAGAACACACACUGGAGAAAACCUGUUUACCUGUUCAAUCUGUGGUAAAGGUUUUGUUAAAAGUCAGGGUUUGAAAAUACACAUGAGAACACACAAUGGUGAAAAACCUUUUUCCUGUUCAACCUGUAGUAAAGGUUUUACUAGCAGUCAAUGUUUGAAAGAACACAUGAAAACACACACUGGUGAAAAACCUUUCUCCUGUUCAAUCUGUGGUAAAUGCUUUACACAAGGUCAACAUUUGAAAAGACACAUUAAAACACACACUGGUGAAAAAUCACAUUCCUGUUCAAUCUGCAACAGAAGCUUUUGUGACCGGUCAAUGCUUGUAAGACACAAGAGAACACACACUGGUGAAAAGUCACAUUCCUGUUUAAUCUGCAACAGAAGCUUUUUUCAACGAUCAAACCUUGUAAGACACAAGAGAACACACACUGGAGAAAAACCUUUUUCCUGUUCAACCUGUGGUAAAGGUUUUACACAAAGUACAGAUGUGAGAGUACACAUGAGAACACACACUGGUGAAAAAUCACAUUCCUGUUGAAUCAGCAACAGAAGCUUUUGUUUACGAUCAACCCUUAUAAGACACAAGAGAACACACACUGGUGAAUAAUCACAUUCCUGUUCAAUCUGCAACAGAAGCUUUUGUGACGAUCAACCCUUGUAGCACACAUGAGAAGACACCCAGGAGAGAAAGUGUUGAGUUGCAGUGUGUGUGGUGAAAGAUUGUCUUCUAAGUACCAGUGUAAGAAACACAAGUGUGCUGGUGAGAACAGCAGCAGCAAAUGAAACUGCAGGAUUUGAAAUAAACUGUCCAGACUUUCAUUUUGACUUUCUAACAACAUCAGCACAUAUAACAUGUGUGACAUUGUUGUUUGUCUAACAAUCUGUUUAAUAUGCUUCUACAUUUAUAGAUUUGAUAUUUUAUAUUUAUAUAUUUAUAUUUUAUAUUUAUAUUAUAUGUGUUGGAUCCGCUUUGGACUGGACUCUCGCGACUGUGUUGGAUCCAUCUUUCACAGUAUCAUGUUUUCAUAUGUUCUCAUAGUCAUCAGUAUCAUCAGUAUCACAGUAUCAUGUUCUCAUAGUCAUCAUUGUCACCGACGUCCCACUGGGUCAUUAUUGUCACCGAUGUCCCACUGGGUGUGAGUUUUCCUUGCCCUUAUGUGGGCCUACCGAGGAUGUCGUGGUGGUUUGUGCAGCCCUUUGAGACACUAGUGAUUUAGGGCUAUAUAAGUAAACAUUGAUUGAUUGAUUGAUAUUAAUGCUUUUUUCAGUCAAGCACAUGCAUUAAUAUCCAACUUUGUGUACUUUUAUUAAAAAAUGGACAGAACCAUUUGAGUAAAAAAGUGAGAGUAAACAGUAAAAUACAUAUUUUACAUGCAAUAAACAUGUGUGUAUGUAUACACACACACACACACACAUAUAUAUAUAUAUAUAUAUAUACAUACUGUAUAUUCAUCAUACAAUUUUAGACCUAUUUAUAUGAAAUAUUGAAGUAUUACAUAUUUGUAUUUGUAAUUGUUAAUAAUCCCAUAGAUUGUCACCUUUAUAUGAUAUACAUAUGUACUGGUUCACAUCUGAAACAUCUUCUGGACCACUUCAGGAAGCAUAUUAUUAUUUACUUCAUACAUCAUUUAAACAGUUGUCUUUUAUACAAUUUUAAAAUGUGUGUCUUUUUGAAUCAUUUGUUGGGUCUCUAUAAUCUAUUUUAUUCAUUAUCGUUAUUACUCUGUAUUAUGAUGAUUGUGUUGUGAUUGUUUUAUAUGUAUGUCCCCAGACCUUUAUGCAAUAUACAAGUGAGAGAAAAUAGCUGAUUUUUAUUUUGUGAAAGGACGGUUUUGUUUUCACAAACUUACAUAUGUGGAUAUAUCAAAUAAAUCCAGUAUUGUGUUUUCAA